AUUUUAGGAAGAAAACCAACCAGGAAAAAAAUGAAGCUCCUUAUCUUCACAUUUGUUGGUGUUGUUCACCUAUUAUCCCUGGGCUCUGGGAAAGCUAUACACAAGGCUAGCACCCCUCAAAAGACUUUUAAAGAAAUACAAGAAGAAAUAGCCGGCUAUACAGAUGUUGCUAAAGCAAUCAUCAACCUUGCUGUUUAUGGCAGAGCUCAGAACAGAUCCUAUGAACGAUUGGCACAUCUGGUCGACACUGUUGGACCCAGACUGAGUGGUUCCAAGAACCUAGAAGAAGCCAUACAACUCACGUACCAAUCCUUGAAGGAUAGUGGGCUAGAGAAUGUCCACCUGGAACCGGUCAAAGUACCCCACUGGGAAAGGGGAGAAGAAUCCGCUAUGAUGGUGAAGCCGAGACUUUACAAGAUGGCUAUUUUAGGUCUUGGUUCCAGCAUUGGGACUCCUGCGGAAGGCAUUACAGCUGAAGUUCUGGUGGUGAACUCAUUCGAUGAACUGCAGAGAAGAGCCAUAGAAGCAAAAGGGAAGAUUGUUGUUUAUAACCAACCUUACAUCAGCUAUGCAACAUCAGUGAAAUACAGAGUCCAGGGGGCAGUAGAAGCUGCCAAGGUGGGGGCUUUGGCGUCCCUCAUUCGAUCAGUGGCUUCCUUCUCCAUCUACAGUCCUCACACAGGUAAUCAGAAAUACCAGGAUGGUGUGACCAAGAUCCCAACAGCCUGUAUUACAGUGGAAGAUGCAGAAAUGAUGUCAAGAAUAGCUUCUCAUGGGACCACCAUUGUCGUUAACCUGAAGAUGGGGGCAGUGAACUAUCCUGAUACGGAUUCCUUCAACACCGUAGCAGAGAUUACUGGGAGCAGGCACCCAGAACAGAUUGUACUGGUCAGUGGACAUCUGGACAGCUGGGACGUUGGGCAGGGGGCCAUGGAUGACGGUGGUGGAGCCUUUAUAUCAUGGGAAGCACUCUCACUUAUCAAAGAUCUUGGGCUGCGUCCAAAGAGGACUCUGCGCCUGGUGCUCUGGACUGCAGAGGAGCAAGGUGGAGUUGGUGCUUCCCAGUAUUAUCAAUUGCACAAGGUAAAUAUUUCCCAGUACAGCCUAGUGAUGGAGUCUGAUGCUGGAACCUACUUACCUACUGGGCUGCAGUUCACUGGCAGUGACAAGGCCAGGUCCAUCAUGGAAGAGGUCAUGAGCCUGCUGCGGCCCCUUAAUAUCACGCAGGUCUUUACCAAAGGAGAAGGGGAAGACAUUAACUUCUGGAUCCAAGCCGGUGUGCCUGGAGCCAGUCUGCUUGAUGACUUGAAUAAAUAUUUCUUCUUCCAUCACUCCCAUGGAGACACCAUGACUGCACUGGAUCCAAAGCAGAUGAACGUGGCUGCGGCUGUUUGGGCUGUUGUCUCUUACGUCGUUGCAGACCUGGACGAAAUGCUGCCUAGGGUCUAGAAACAGCAACGAGGAAAGCAUUGCCCUUUCUAGCCAGGAAUCUUGGUCGAUAGCCUCUGCAAGUAAUAAUUUCAUCUGAUUCAUCUUCAAAGCAAAACCUUUUUUGUUUCUAGAUCAGGAAUGAUCCGCCCCGCCACUAGAAUCAACAGAUAGUAGGGAUCACAAUGGGCACAUUUCUUUAUACUACUUUUUAAAAAUGUUGUAUCUACUUUUAAUAAACCCUGAAUAAAUCUUUGGAAGGUC